AUGUUUGACAGCUCACAGUAUCCCUACAAUUGCUUCAAUUACGACGCCGACGACUACCCAGCCGGCAGCUCGGAUGAGGAGAAGCGGCUCACGCGGCCGGCGUACAGCUACAUCGCGCUGAUCGCCAUGGCCAUUCAGCAGAGCCCCUCGGGCAGGGUGACCCUGUCCGGCAUCUACGACUUCAUCAUGCGCAAGUUCCCCUACUACCGAGCCAACCAGCGCGCCUGGCAGAACUCCAUCCGCCACAACCUGUCCCUCAACAGCUGCUUUGUCAAGGUGCCUCGGACGGAAGGGCACGAGAAGGGCAAGGGCAACUACUGGACGUUCGCUGGCGGCUGCGAGUCGCUGCUGGACCUCUUCGAGAAUGGCAACUACCGGCGGCGGCGCCGGCGCCGUGGCCCCAAGCGGGAGGGGGAAGGGGAGGCGCGGGCGGGGGGCGUAGAGGGGCCUCCGGGGCCGCCUGAGCCAGCCCCUCACCGCCAGCCCCCGGCCCCUGUUAGCCGCGCUGCCACGGGGAAGGAGGAGCCCAGGGGCAUCAAGUUCAGCAUUGACUACAUCCUGUCCUCGCCCGACCCUUUUCCAGGGCUCAAGUAUCCCUACGGCCCCCAGGAGGGCAGAAGCCCCCGGCUGGAAACCCAGCAAAUGAACCUCCACCUUUGGACAGUAUGA